GGCCUCCCCGACUCCACACUCCACACGGCCUUGUCGCAGCCGGCCCAGCUGCUGCCAUGUCCUUCGAACCCAUCCAACGGCGGCGGGUUCAGCCGCGUCAGAAGGAGAUCACCAAUCUGAAGCUCCUCACGCUUGGUGACAGCGGCGUGGGCAAAUCGAUGCUGGUGAAUGCCUUUCUGGCCGAGGGUGAGUUGCCGGAGGGGGAUGCUCCCACCGUCGGCGCAGACUUCAAAGUGAGGAUGCUGAAGCAUGCUGGCAAGGACUACCGGGUGAACGUCUGGGACACCAGCGGCGAUCUGAAAUUCCUCGAUGUGAGGAAUGAGUUUUACAAAGAAGCUCAGGGUGUGAUCUUGGUCUUCGACAUCACCAGCCGUCGGUCCUUCCAAAACUUGGAGAAGUGGAUGGAUGAAGUGGCGAAGUAUGCUCAGGGCAGUGAGCCCAGCUACGCACUGGUGGGCAACAAGAUCGACCUCCACACACGUCUCGUACAGGAACAGGUGGCCAGAGACUGGGCCAAGAGCCACGGCAUGCCGUACUUCGAGGUCUCAGGUGCCCAGGGUCGAAACGUGGAGAUGGUCUUUAAAGAGCUUGCCAGCCGCCUGGGCUGAGCGUGUUUGAACAAGCUGUGCUGACCGCAAAAGCAGCCAAAAAA